ACUUACAGUUAUGAUUACAGGCUAAUUGUAUUUAGUUAAUUGUGGAAGGAUUUUUUUUUUGAAAAGUUGCGCUUAAAUUGCUAACAUGUGAUUUUGUUUUGCUUUUUAUUUCUUGUAACAAUUUAAUUGUGUCAAGUUUAAUUGUGCUAAUCAGUUUGGUAGUUGUUGUCUCGUUGUUUUAUAUUGAUUUUGUUUCAAGUUUAUUUGCUUAUCACUUUUUUUUAUGAUUUGGUUAUGAUUUUUGGCUGACAAUGAACUUGAAACAAUUAGAAUCAAUUUUGGAUGAUUUUGAUGAUUUCGAUGAACCAAAUAUACUCUUUGAACAAUAUGUGACACCAGGUUAUGUCGCUGCUCGAAUGCUUCAUACGAUUUCCCUUGAUGAUCACAUUAAAGGUAAAACAAUCGUCGAUUUGGGAACUGGACCUGGAAUUCUUGCCAUUGGAUCAGCGCUUUUGGGAGCCGAUUAUGUGGUCGGUGUUGAUUUGGAUGAGAAUGUUUUCCAAAUUGCUAAAUCAAAUCUAGAAGAAUUAGAUGAACUUUUUCCUGGUAAACCUCCGAUUGAUUUUGUCCAUGAUGAUGUUACAAAAUGUUCACUCGAGAAAAAAAGUUUCGAUGUUGCCAUUUUUAAUCCUCCAUUUGGUACCAAAGGUAAUUCUGGAAUUGAUAUUGAAUUCUUGAAAGUUGCUCUCAAUUUAACAAGAGAAUCAGUUUAUUCAUUACACAAAUCAGCCACAAGAUCUUUAUUGGCUACAUGUGAACGAAUGAAUGUCAAUCAGAUUGGUUUCACCCUCGGCGGAAUCUUCACCAUGGAUUCACAUACAUUUCUAUUGUAUCUCCUUGAAAAUGCUGGAUUAAUGUUAAUGUUUAUCACCAAUUUUAAUAAAUCACAAUAAAUGGUCAAUCAAAUUGAGAAGGAAAAAAAAUUGAAUUCAGUUUACAAUUGAACGGAAAGAGAAAAACAAAAUCAACUGGAUUAAAUAAUUUACU